GGAGACCAUUACUUUCCACCACUUACUUCUGCCCCAUAAAUACACUCGCACACUGUUAUAGAGCAUGUGUGGUUGUGUGAUUCAGAUCAUCCAAGAGGAGUGUUCUGCUCUCACGCCUUUCUAUAGUGACUGCGAGAACUCUAAGUCCGUAGACAAGAGAGUUUUGCAAGCUCCUGGCACUGGUUUGGGCCAUGCCGGACCUGAAGAAGUACUUCAUCGAGGGCCUGAUUCAAGUGGCUAUUCUUCUCAGUCUGUCCGGGAUGCGUGUGGGCGUGGAUCCCUACCUGCCCCCUUUUAGCGAAAUCAUUCAGGGCCCAAGUUUAGCUCUAACUCAGACUCAAUUCCACAAUCUCCGAAACAUCCUGGAUGGAUAUAACCUGCACCCAAAAAGCAUAGACCUAGAUGGGUUCUUCACAGCCCGCAGGCUUCUGAGUUGGGUACGUUCCCUAGACCGCCUGCAGGUGCCAGCGGCAGAGUUGGAAGCCUGGUUGGUCCACAGCGAGCCUGACAAUGGAGUCUCCAUUCCAGGUCAAGUGGGUCUGCUUGAGGAAGCUGGAGGACUUGAAGAUGUGGAGGAACCCUCAGAGCUAAGCAUGAGGUUGGGAAAUGGAGGAGAACUGGGUUAUGAUGUACUUGAGGACCAAACCCUUGGACCUUUGGGGCACAUGCCAAGAAACCUCAACCAUUCAGAUGAUGAUGAACUCAUUAAAGAGGAGGGAGAUGGUAUGUCUUUCGACUGGGAACAAGAACCUCAGCAAAAUGUCCACCAGGAACAGUUGGAAAAUACAAGAACACAACCUCUCAGCUUGUUUAAUGAGGAAGAAGAGGAUGAAUUUAUGGUGGAUAGCUGGAGAAAUACAAAUCCCUUUCACAACCAGAUGUUUGGAGAGGAUGUACAGCUGUCAGGUGUAAGGGAAGACACUUCUCUUUCCAUUGAAGAGUGCUUGCAUCUCAUCGAUGCCAACUUCCCCUCAGAAGAGGAUCCAGAGUUGACAGGUCCUGGUUUACAGAAUGUAGGAGAACAUACACUUCAGUUUCAGAGGCCACUCAUCUCACCCUUGUUGCCUGAACAGGAAUCCGCAUUUACCUUAGAGCAACAGUGGCAAGAUGUUUUGUCCAUCAUGGAGUCACAGGACAUGGAUAUAGCCGAAACAACAGGCGAUUCCCCCCUCAAUACAAGUGAUUCAGACAGAAAUACUGGAUCCAUGGACAGCUUUAUUCAUCAGGAUGUUAGCCUUCACCAAGCCACUCUGCCAAGAUCCACCGAAGCACAAAACAGCAUCACCAUGGAAGAAACCUGUCAGAUUAACAACUACUCCAUGCCAAACAUCAACUUGGACACCUCUGCUAAUGUAGAAGCUUUUGAAGACUCGGAUAUCAUAGACCUCCUUACUGGGACUUGCCUGCCAAGCCCAUUAGAUCCUCUGCUGGAGGAAGCCAUGCUUGAUGAGAUUGGACUAAUGGAUUUGGCCUUGGAAGAACCUAGCCAGGCACAAUCUGAAGAGCAAAACCAAGCAGAUUCUGACUCUGGUUUAUCCUUGGACUAUAGCCAAAGCCUUACCUCCCCUAGUGGAUCUGAAUCUUCCAGCUCCUCAUCAUCUUCUUCAUGCUCUUCAUCACCCUCGAGCCCAACCCCUAGUUUGAUGCCCGAGGAAGGUGCCGUGGGCUACACCCAUAUCAAGGAGGAGGAUGAUGAUGGAGCUGUGGGUGGCUUCAUGCCAGAACAAACCAAAAUGUGUCAGUCAAGUUUUUUGGAAGCCAGGCAGUUCCAUCAUCUUCCUUGGCUCGAACACAUCGGACAUGAUCAUACCUACAACCAACCUCAAAUCCAGAAGAAACCUCCAAAAGAUCCUUUCGAUGAGUCCAAAGAGAAAGCGCUGGAGCAUCUGUCCAGCCGGGAUGAGAAACGUGCACGUUCGUUGAAUAUCCCGUUAUCCAACGAAAGCAUUGUAAACUCGCCCGUUGAGGAGUUCAAUCGUUUGCUAGCAAAAUAUCAUCUCAAUGAAGCUCAGCUAACGCUCAUCAGAGACAUUCGCCGCAGGGGUAAAAACAAAAUGGCUGCUCAGAACUGUCGUCGAAGGAAGCUAGAUGUCCUAGUGGGAUUGGAGCGUAAUGUGGAUAGCCUGCGACGCCUCCGGAUCAGACUGCUUAGGGAAAAGUCUGAGAUCUUGUGCUCCAUCAGGGAGAUUAAGCAGCUUCUUAAUAGCCUGUAUCAAGAGGUAUAUGAGAGACUAAGGGAGGAACAGGGACUGCUCUACUCUGACAACAACUUUACUUUGCAGGAAGACUGCACCAGCCCUAUAACAUCACAACGCAGAUCAGAUUCACACUCCAGACGCAAACUUAGCAAGAGACAAAAACGCAAGAAGUGAGGAGGACUCUGCAAUGAGCUGAUGUUGAUUAGUUCAUGUCCACCUGCUGGUUUUCCACAGUCCAAAGGAAAUUUGCACCAAGUAGGGUAUUUUUACCCAAGAGAAGAUGCUGUGUAGGCACAUAAUACAACUUGACAGAAAUUGAAGUUCUACAAAGAUUUGAUGUUAAUUUAAAGGGCAAUGCGAGUUUCCUUGACUUCUGACAUAAAAAAAGACGUUUAAAUAUACUCUAAAAACAGAGUAACAGGCAGCAAAUGUGCGGUUUGUGCCUGAGGCUGAGUCUAGCCAGAGAAAGCACUCAAAGCUGUAGCCGAUGUCACAUGUAAAGCAGGCGUUUCUUAAAGGCACAGCAGUAAAUAAUAGAGUUUAUUUCUAAGGGCCACAGAGAGGGUGGAAAAUUGCCAAAAAAGCUCAAAUCUGACUUUAACAACACCUUUUAAAAAAAUCACAUUUUUAGUGACAUUUUUAUGAAUAUUGCAGUUUAUCGACUAUUUAUAAAUGUAUUAUGAUUUAUCUGUGCACGUGAUGACGUGUGCAAGGGCAGGACAAAAAUCUCUCCUUUCCAGCAACCUGUCACUGAUUUACAUGAGAUUACAGCAAUUAGCAAAAAAAAAAAAAAAAUCGAUUCCCAAUAGAGAAAAUCCUAUUUUUCUUGCUCCGUUUCAUUUGGAUGUAUCACAAUAUAGAAGAAAAGACAAUCACAACAUUCAUGCUGACUUUAAGAACCAAACUGGGCUACAAAAACAUCAGGAGUAUCGGAAAUUGUUCCCAAAAACCAGUAAAAUAAUCCUAUGUUAGAAUGGCAAUUGUGUUUGGAAUUAUGCUUGGAAUCCAAGUAUUGAAACAAAGUUUUAAUGCAUUUUAAAUAUUGCUUACUGGUUUAAUAAAAGUGUUGGUUUGCCAUCUCAUUAUAGGGAACACCAUACAAUGUACAUUUAGUUUUGAGCUCGAUUAACAUUAACUAUAGUAGUCAACAUUUGAAGUGGAUCAAAACCUUUAAUCAAAGUUGUCCUAAAACCUUCUUAGGACAACUUUGAUGAACUUUUUUGAUCCACUUCAAAUCUUGACUACUGUAGAUUACAAGGCUGUAACAUUUAAGGAUUUGUGACCCACCAUGUUUUGAGUGAACUGGAAUUCUGUCCUUGAGUUUGUGUGGUUUAUUUGAGAUUGUAUUGCUGGAAGUAAUUGAUGAAAUGGUAAAAUACCAGUUCUGCAUUUGAUUUCAUUAAUAUUUUGAAAUAACUUGUAAAUAAUUUAAACCCUUUUUAUAUUCAAUUGUUUAUAUACCUUGUGUUAAAUAUUUUGCAGUGAAUUUAAGUUCUUUGCGACAAGCUCUUUUGUUUUAAUUAAAAGCUAUUUAUUGUCCUGAA